UCUCCACACAGCUAUCUCAGAUUAGGAAAUCUGACGUUUAUAGCCCCAUACUUGCGCACGGACAGAGAGGGGGGGAAAAAAAGUGGGUGUACACACUAGUUGUGCUGUGUGGCUUCACAGCGCUUCGGCUCAGAUGAGCUCACCCAGCCGAUGCGCACAUCGUAGGAUCCUACCAAUGUGAGAAGGCGCAAAGGACGGCGAGCAGCAGCCUGGUCAGUGGGAAGUGUGGACGCUUUUGUGCAAAGGCUGCCGAGUUUCCAGCGCACAAAGUGGAUAGAGAGGAGCGUAAAGGAUUGCGCGCCUCUUUGUCUCAUGUUGGGAGUAUUCAGUGGAUUUGUUGUCUGCCUGGAUGGAUGGAAAUCCACUCUUUUUAUUCCAGAUGGGACUGGACUUCGGGCUGAGCGGCUGGUGAUAAGAUUCCUACUUUGACCACUCAGCUGUUCAUUUUCUUUCCCCUCCUCUCCCUCUCUUAAAAUGCCAGGAUUUCGUCCAUCAUACACUGUCCAGUUCUUGCCAGGCUGCUCAUUUGGAAGGACGCCAGACCUCCAGCUUCUCAAAUCUGCAAGUUCAGUCCAAUAAAUUGUGACAUUGUCUGUCAGCCUUGGAAUAAGAAAUCGAUACUCGUGAAAAGGGGACGCGAUAUUCUUCCGGAAUUUUAACGAUCCGUUUCUCCGCUGUUCUUAUAAAUAUGUGAUCUGGUUUGGAUUAGGAUGGUUUGGUCCAGCUUCACGCUUUUUCAGCUGGAGCAGCGCUGAUAGUGACUGAUUAUUGCUGUUGAUUUUGUCCAUGCAAGACUCUGGGUGGAAACAUGUCUGGCCACUUCUUUGAAAGGAUCACUGCUAUCAGAGAUGGCAUUUUGGUCCAGCACCUCGGUUUUCACCUCUAAAGUGCCCCGGAAAAUCUUAUUCAUGUUCACCCUCUCCCUCUCUGUCACCUACUUGUUCUAUAGCUUGAUGAGCUGCUACAACUCGCUGCAGUUCCCGCUGCAAGAGAACUAUGUGUAUCAGGGGAGGCUGGUGACGGAGGAGACAACUUUUGUGACAUUGAGGGAGAAACUUUAUUCCGCUUCGCAGGCUUUUACAGAAUUCACCGACGCCGAGAGGACGACCUCGGCUUCCACCGCGAAGGCGCACGCCGAGGCCGAACAAAGGACAGUGGAGUGGAUUAAGACUCAGGCGUCUCCGACUAAAUCGGCGGCGGCGUAUCACACCACCGCGCUGGAGAGGGAGCACCAGGAAUUCAGCACCACGGACAGCGAACUCAGGGUGAACUGCACCUCGGAUUAUGGAGAGAAGAAACUUCCCCAAGCCAUCAUCAUCGGGGUGAAGAAAGGGGGAACCAGAGCGCUGCUGGAGGCUCUCAGGGUGCACCCGGACGUCAGAGCCGUUGGAAAUGAGCCACAUUUCUUUGACAGAAACUAUGAGAAGGGGCUGGACUGGUACAGAGACCUGAUGCCUUCGACGCUGGAGGGGCAGAUCACCAUGGAGAAGACUCCCAGCUACUUCGUGACUAACCACGCCCCGAAGCGCAUCCACUCCAUGGCCAGGGACAUCAAGCUUAUUAUCGUGGUGCGUAAUCCUGUCACUAGAGCCAUCUCAGACUACACGCAGACUCUGUCCAAGAAACCCGAGAUCCCCACUUUUGAGGUUCUGGCUUUUAAGAACCGGACGCUGGGUCUCAUAGAUGCCUCGUGGAGUGCGUUGCGCAUCGGAAUAUAUGCUCUUCACCUGGAGAGCUGGAUGCAGUAUUUCCCGCUCUCCCAGAUGCACUUCGUCAGCGGGGAGAGACUCAUUGUGGACCCCGCGGGCGAAAUGGCCAAAGUGCAGGACUUCCUGGGACUGAAGCGGAUCGUCACAGACAAACACUUUUACUUCAACAAAACGAAAGGAUUUCCGUGUCUGAAGAAGCCGGAGGACAGCAGCACUCCCAGGUGCCUCGGCAAGUCCAAAGGGAGAACUCACCCUAAAAUUGACCCGGACGUGAUUCGGCGGCUGCACAAGUUCUACAAACCCUUUAACAUGAUGUUCUACCAAAUGACUGGCCAGAACUUUGAGUGGGAGCUGGACGAGGACAGCGAGUCCCGCGGCUCUCAGGACUAGCAUGGCACGGCUCAGCUACACCACCAGCCUUCUCACUAUCGUUGUCUCGCUUCAUCCUCGGAGAGAGUGCUUGAGCACGCCAAUCAAUCAUGGCUGUCUUUGCAGUGUCUGUAUCCAUUAGCAAGAGUUUACUGACAUGCUUUUUCUCGAUGAUGGCAAAUCAUUAUUGUAUAUACUAAACAUAAAAUAUAUUUAUAUUUGUGUAAAGGAGAUGAUUUAUUCCUUUUUGUUUUUAAAGCAUAGAACGGAUAUAUAUAAAAAAAAAAAAGAAUCAUGUUGACUAUGGCAAUGCAUGCGAUGAGUUAAGUGUCCUUACCUCAUGAGCCCUAAGGGUAAACUCUGCCUGUUUCUUCUCCCUUUACUUUCCUGCAGUUUGUUGCCCUCACACCCACUCACCAGCAUUCGGUACAAAAAAAGAUGUUCUAUUUCAACGGCCAAGGCCGUGAAGUGUUCAGCAUUAUUUCUUUCAACACGGCCCUGCUGCUUUAGCGGAGCGAGAUAAGACAACGCGAUAGAGAUGUAGUGCUCCUUUGACGCGUGCUCAUCCUUUCAUUUGUCCACAUUCCGAGUGUAGACAAUCCUUUUAAGUUUACCAAAGUGUUCAUUUACUCUGUGUCACUGCUCUGGUUCCUCUGCACUCAUUAAUUGCGCACAUAUUCAAUAAGGGAGCUGAUGUACAGUGGCCGUCGUUCAAUAAUUGGAUUGUUUCACUGCACGCUUGGAAAUUAGCAUACUGAUGACCGAGCACUGCGAUGCGGUGCAGUAUCAGUGGUUUCGGUGUAGUUCUGCAAAUGAACGCACCUCCCUGUGCAUCGAGCAGCUCUGCGUCUCAACAGAAAUAAGUUCCUGCUGCAAAGGGCGCCCCCCCCCCCCAAAAAAAAAUAUUACAACGUCGGAUUAUAAUAUUGGUCCGGUUUGCCUUGUGACCUUCCUCUUGUCACAGUAAUACAUGUCAACGAGGGUGAAGAAAAACACCGGGGGGGCCGAGCAGAAGUUUGCUACCAAACAUCUGCUGCCACGCUGUCUUCUGUCGUUAGAGAUUAAUGGUGUGUUAAAUAAACUGCUGCCGCUGGAACAAUGUCAAUGUCAGAGAGAAUUUGCUGUCAAGGUAGGGCUACAUACAUGCCCAGGUAAAUUACCCCGGCCGCUGCUGUAUGUGCUUAACGUGAAUGAGAUAAUAUCUGCGAGGGGGGAAAUGUGAUGAAUAGCAAACGCUUGAUCAUGUGACCAGCGGUGCGCGAUGGCUGGAUGCUUGUAUUGAAUAUUGCAGCUGUGAAAUGCUCAUUUACUCAUGCAAUGAAAUAACAACAUGUCCCACCAUCUUUAUUAUUUCCUGACUUUUGCAUAGCUCGCUGUGUGCGUGCGUGCGUGCGUGCGUGCGUGUGUGUGCGUCCGUCUGUCUGUCUGUUGUCUCUGGAUUUUUCAUCAAUUGAGACAAUCAAUACAGCCAAUGAGUCAAUAAAUACAGUCUGCUACACAUUA